GAGUAUUCUACCUAAAAUACCCAUUCCUUUACUUUUAGAUUAACUUUAAUCUGGAGUAGUAGUGUAAUGAAUAUGAUCUCUGAAUUCACUUCAAUCAACCAGAUGUUCCUCUAGCUUAGUACUCCAUGACCUUAUUGUCAUCUUUCUAGUAUUGGAGUGUGUCUUCUUGACGCGAACGAGCUUGGAGGUGAUCUGGGGGUGAGCGAGCCCGGCAGGCGACCUGGAGGUGAUGAAGCUUGGCGGCAACCGAGAUACCUCUGGCGUUCCUGCGUACCUACACCCUGGUUGAUAGUAGGACCCAUAGUGCCGUUGUCAAGUGGACGGAUAUCUUGUCUUUGGCACUCAGAAUCUGAGUAUAGGAUGAAUGGAAGGUCCUUUUGGAGGACAGAGUCGUCUAGCUUUUCUUCCUCGAAGCUCAAUCACGUAUCACCGAUCAGCCUAUUCGAGAGGAGGGAGCUGCUUGCCUUGGAUCAAGGAUGGCUUAUGGUACGUUGGAAUAUAUAGCUCAGUUGCUUACUUUCAAGCUUUAGAUAGCUCUGUUUGUUACAAGCAAAGUGGCGUUGGACAAGAUCAUGUUCGAGAGCCUCACAGACAAGAGCAAGUUGGAUGCUCAUCCAGAGCUAUUCAUACAUAUUAUCCCUGGCAAGACCAGAACAUGCUCACACUUAUCGAUAGUGGUAUUGGUAUGACCAAGUCAGAUCUCGUACAGAGAGUAGCGAUCAAUGAUAUUGAAGAUUUUGAAGCAAAACUUUUCUGUUCAAUGAUGUGCUCAGAGGCCAAGCUUGAUUCCCACCGCUUCAAAGAUAUAAUUAACCAGGUUGUUGCUAAAGAGAUGCGUCCUUCCUCUUCAGGAAGAGAGAAGUUGAGGUCUGGAAGAAUCAUGAUCUGAUGUGCUGCUGAGCGAGGAAGAAGUGAUGUGCUGGGCGCGCGUGGACCUGGAGGUGCGGCCGGCUUCCGGGAAGUGCAGCUGGGCGACCUGGAGCUGCGGGCGCGAGCUGGGUGACGCAUCUAGACCGUCGGUCGAGGAGAAGGCGCAGGAGGAGGCACUGCGCGCUCCGAUCCUAGUGCCAAGGGGAUGGCGGCCGGCCCGGGAUCGAUCGGACCUGGGACUUGCUGGGCGGAGGGGAAGCAAGUGGAGGCCAGAGGUGGUGUCGCUGGGUGGAGGAGAAGCAGCUGCAGGCCGGAGGUGGAGCACCUGAUGGUCGCUGGCCGGAGGAGCUGGGCGAGGGAUCGUGGUCGAGAUCCGGGUGGGCGGCGAGCACCUGGGCGAGAAGAAGAGGAUGCGCGAGGAGGGAUCGCGUUGAUCGUGAUCUGAUUCUAGUUUCAAUCAGGGGUAGGAAUGUCUUUUUAGCACUUUUUCACCUGGUCGGAAAUUUCCCCCAACUGUCUUAUAUUUCUGCACGGAGGGAGUACUUAAUGCUCCCUGUUGGUUUAGAAAAACUUUGUACUAAAUCAGCGAUAGUUACUAUGGAUCGCAUGAGUAGCAUUUUGAGAUCAAAACAUAAAA